UAAUAUUUUUUACAUUGAUCUCUAGACAUACACAAGCAUAAUUCAUCUUGAAUAUAAUGUACCUGAUCUCCCUUCUAUAUACUCCUAUAUUACAUAAGCCAAAAGUGUUAUUACAAGACACAAAAAGAAGAAAGCAUUUCUCCUUUUUUUCUUCCUAAAAGCAGACCCAGCUUCUUGAGGUUGUUGCAAGUGAAGAUGUUGAAAUCAAAGUCAUGCAGAGAAGAGAUGAGAAGUAGCAGUAUAGCCUACAAGUACCAUUGCUUAACGAAUGGUGAAACACCAGAAGCAGUAGCAGCACCAAGCCCAACAAACCCACAGCUUCCAGUGAUGUUGAGAUCUUAUAGCACGUCAACUUAUAGUCCACACAAGAAUCCAACAACAGUUAGAGACAAUCCCAACAGUAAAUCGAAUAAUAAGGUGAAGAAAGGGUUAAAGGAGGCAGAGAUUCAGAGGAAGAAGAGAGUGGCUGCUUAUAACGUGUAUGGUCUUGAAGGGAAAGUGAAGGGAUCUAUUAGAAAGAACUUCAAGUGGUUCAAGGAGACUUGUUCAAAUGCUGUCAACGGUUUGUGGUGAUCUGAUAGAGAGAUAUUCAGCAAAAGGGAAGAGUAGUAAUCAACGUACGAUAUCUGAUUGUAUUAAGAGUGAUUUUAGGAGUUUAUCUUGAUAAUAAGAGCUGUAGACACAAGCAAGCAAGUGUUGUAUCUGAUUGUUCUGUUUGUAAACUAAAGGAUAAGUACAUAAUAAAACUGUUGUCUUUUCUUUAUAUCGGUUUUUAACUCUUGUCAUGAUCC